AUGGCGGACGACGUGGACCAGCAACAAACGACCAACACUGUGGAAGAGCCCCUGGAUCUCAUCCGGCUCAGCCUGGACGAGCGCAUCUACGUGAAGAUGAGAAAUGACAGAGAGCUUCGAGGCAGGUUACAUGCUUAUGAUCAGCAUUUAAAUAUGAUAUUGGGAGAUGUGGAAGAAACUGUGACAACUAUAGAAAUUGAUGAAGAAACAUAUGAAGAGAUAUAUAAAUCAACAAAACGGAACAUUCCGAUGCUCUUUGUACGGGGAGAUGACGUUGUGCUCGUUGCCCCACCGCUGAGAGUUGGCUGA